UAGAAUAAUUCAAGAAAUAGAUGCAUAAAGGGAUUAAAGUUAAAGGUUGAUUAUUUGACUCAAAAUGAAAAGUUUUUGUUUUGUGUUUUGGUCCAGAUCUCCACCAAUACUCCAUGUGUAAAGAGGACGGGGUUCUCAAUGAGCUCAGCAACCAGGAGGGCAACUCCACUUUAAAAGAAGAGGAACCAGAACCUCUGCAGAUAAAACAGGAACCAGAACCUCUGCAGAUAAAACAGGAGCAAGAAGAACCAGAACCUCAACAGCUCAAAGAGGAAGAGAAGCAACUCGGCAUCAGGCAGGAUGAAGAACAGCUUGUGCUGAAACUGGAGACUGAUGACACUUUGGUGAAUCCUUCUACUGUGCAAAGAAUUCAGAAAGAAACAGAACCACAGAGGAACCAACUCAUCUCUCAUGGUUCUACUGAAGAUGAGAAUCAGGAUCAGGAAGGAAGCAAAUCUGAGGACUCAGGAAAAAAGAGAGAUGAAAAACUGAAAACACACGAGACAGCUCAUCCAGACCAAAAACAAUAUUCUUGUAAAAUCUGUGGUGAAGCCUUUUCUCAAAGCAGUUCCUUGACAACACACGAGAGAACUCAUUCAGACAAGAAACCUUUGACAUGUUCAACCUGUGGAAAAAGUUUCACAAGCAAAUCUCAGUUACUUCGUCACAUUAUGGUUCACACAGGAGAGAAGCCUUUCUCAUGUGUCACCUGUGGAAAAAGUUUCAGAACCAAAGCUGACGUACGUUCUCACAUGAGACGUCACACAGGUGAGAAACCUUUCUCAUGUGUGACUUGUGGAAAAAGUUUCAUAACCAAAGCUAAAUUACUUGAACACUUGAUGAUUCACACAGGUGAGAGGCCUUUCUCAUGUGAGACUUGUGAAGAAAGUUUCAUAACCAAAGUUAAAUUAAUUCGUCACAUGAUGAUUCAUACAGGAGAGAAGCCUUUCUCAUGUGUGACCUGUGGAAAAAGUUUCCCAUGGAAGUCUCAGUUAGUUGUUCACAUAAAGAUUCACACAGGAGAGAAGCCUUUCUCAUGUACAAGCUGUGAAAAAAGAUUUACCAGUAAAGUAAAUGUAACUGAUCACAUGAGGAUUCAUGCAGGUCAGAAGCCUUUCUUAUGUGGGACCUGUGGAAAAAGUUUCGAUCGAAAAGCGAUUCUAACUUCUCACAUGAGAAUUCACACAGGUGAGAUGCCUUUCAAAUGUACAAGCUGUGGGAAAAGGUUCAGAAGCAGAAGUUGUUUAUAUUGGCACAAGAAGACGCAUACAAAUGAGAAGCCUUACUCUUGUGGGACCUGUGGAAAAAGGUUCCGUCGAAAAGGUGGUUUAACUGCUCACAUGAGGACUCAUACAGAUAAGAAACCUUUCUCAUGUGGGACCUGUGGAAAAAGUUACAAACACAAAAGCACUUUAAUUGGUCACAUGCAUACACAUUCAAAUAGGAAUUAUUUCUCAUGUGGGACGUGUGGAAAAGUCUUCUGUUAUCAGAGAAAUUUAACUGAUCACAUGAAGACUCAUACAGGAUGAACAGUAUAAUCUGACACUCCUCUACCAAAACACAAUAUCUCCCGGUUUGGAAGCAGAGUAAUUACAGCUGGGUAACAUUUCUGUAAUGUAGCAGCUUGGAGAAGAAGAGUUUAAAACAGGACGUUUAUCUAAAACGCUAAACUUUCACUUUAUUCUGUCAGUUUUGUCUUUUCAUUUAAAAUGGUUAAAUGAGAUAGUAAGUCUUAUGUAGUUAUGCAUGCAUUUUAAUGUUUUUUUUUGUCUAGUGAGAUAUUAAUAGCGUGUUUAUCUCUGGAAGUAACAAUGGAUUUGAUUUCUUUCAGAUUUAAACUUGUAAAGUUGCUAUUGUAUGUCUAUUCUUUGUACUUAUACUUUGUUUUACUUCAUUAAUUUUGGUUAGUUGAUGUUUGGGUACGCCUUUUCAGGUGCUCUGCAACCAUUUAGAGAACAUGCAAAAGCUUGGUAUCUUUAUGAAGACAAGCUAAAUUUUCUAUUUUUGCAUUAAAAAAUACUUUAAAUCUAAGUAGUUUGUCAUUAUGUUUGUAACACAAAAAAUUUGAAAACAAUUUGUUAUUCUAAUAUACUUUUUCAUCACUUUCCCCUGAGUUUCUGAUUCAGGGAGAAAAUACUGUUUGUAUUAUGGCAACAAUUCAGAUGUUGCUGAAUUUUGCUAAGUUAUGAUUAAACCCGAGAUGUUUUCCCUUUUUUGUUAAAACAGCUGCAUUGACUUUAUUGUUAAUUUUACUCUAAACUUAAGUUAUUUUUACCCAUGUGAUUUUCUUUUAGUUUUUUAUCUGUAACUCUUUGUUUGAGAAGGUUUUUAUUUUUUUAGGAUAUUGGAAAAUGUAUUGGUGAUAUAGAUUCAAUUUCAGACAGAAUUGUGACUUUCAGAAUCUUUCUGUAUAAUUUUUAGAU